UUGGCCAAGUCGUUAGCUCGAGAGUCCCACGAUUGGUUCUUCUAUGAGGAAUCACUGCAGAGACUUGCCGAUUCUCUUUCCGGUUCAGCAGUUUCCCUGGUUGAUAAGGUUCAUCGUACCUCACCGAAUAAAGCUUAUCAGCUACUAUGUCAGCCGUUAGAAGGAUUUCAUGGCGCCACGCUAUCACAACUUGCAUUUCAGUUUAAUAUUCGGGGCCUCGUAGCACAUGAAUCCUGCCAACGAUGGGUACAUAGACUGUUAUAUGGACAGCUGCAGACUUGCUCUUCGUCAUUUUUACCGAGAUGGUUGAAGACCUUACUGGCAGCCGUAUUUAUUUUGCCCAUUCGAUGGUGGAUAUGUGUGCGAAGCAAUCUUUCCAUACAUUCUGGAUCCGAAAAGAAGUCGCCUACUGUUGCUUUACUUGAAAUGGGUCGACAGCCGAAACGAGUUCGAGCCAUCUCUACCUAUAGUGUGAUCUCUGGCCGAAGUGAUGUGCUUAGCGCAGUAGCCGCGGGACAUUCUAUGCCUCAGUUGGCGCUUACUGAAUCAGCCACACCUCAAUCCAUGGUUUUUCCUCUAAAUAUUGAGGAUGUCGAUGGAGAAGAUGCUGUUUUCACCAAAAGGGUACCAACUGCAAUAUUUCAAGCUUGUUGGUUACUGUAGAU